AUGUCGAUCGGAGUGAAUUUACGUGUGACGGGCCACACGUCGAUCGGUGGUCGCAAGUACCAGGAGGACUACUUUUCCGUCGCCUAUCAGCAAACGGAGAAUGACCAAAAUCUGGAGUACGCGUACUUUGGAAUUUACGACGGGCAUGGCGGCGCGGAAGCGUCCCUGUACGCCAAGGAGCAUCUGAUGAAUACGAUCGUCAGCCAGAAAUUGUUCUGGUCGGAGAAUGAUGAGGAUGUACUGAAAUCCAUUCGCGAAGGUUACAUCCAGACACACUAUUCGAUGUGGCGCGAGCAAGACAAAUGGCCGAAAACAUCGUCCGGAUUGCCGAGCACGGCAGGAACCACUGCCAGCAUCGCGUUUAUAAGGCGUGGGAAAAUUUACAUCGGUCACGUAGGCGAUUCGGGCAUUGUAUUGGGCUACCAAAAUGAUAAGGAAUCGGCACACGACGGCAAGUGGGUUGCGACACCUCUCACCGAAGAUCACAAACCGGAAAGUUAUGCGGAGAAGAUGCGUAUUAUGAGUUGCGGAGGGAAGGUCGUCACUAAGUCCGGUGUACCGCGUGUGGUGUGGAACAGGCCGCGCAUUGGCCAUAAGGGUCCGGUGCGAAGAAGCACACCGAUUGAUGAGAUACCGUUUCUGGCCGUGGCACGAAGUUUGGGAGAUCUAUGGAGCUACAAUUCGGCGAUGGAUGAGUUUGUUGUAAGUCCCGUUCCUGACGUAUCGGUCAUUGAAAUCGAUCCAAAAAAGUACAGGUGUCUCAUAUUCGGUACGGACGGUUUGUGGAACGUAAUGUCCCCGAAGAACGCAGUCGACAUCGUACGGAAUGCGGAGAUGGAAAACAUUCGCAUCGCGCUGGAGGGUGGAAAUGAGUGGAAAAAUCCCAGCAAGCUGCUGGUGAAUGAAGCCCUCGACCGGUGGAACCGUAGCAACAUGAAGGCAGACAAUACGUCCGUUGUGAUCAUUAUGCUUGACCCGCCCGGACCACCGAAGCGGGAUGUGUUGAAAUCGGUGAAAGAUACCAUCCAACACGUAGCCAGCGAUCAGCUCAGUGCUGGCCAAAGUGCGGUGGGAAGCAAUAUUAUUCAUCUGUUCGACUGCAUCACACGCGGGAAGUCACUACCAACGAUGCCGGAAAUAGACCGCUUACGGUACAGCAGUGCGACGCAUCAUAGUCUACCAUUGCAGCACAGCUAUCAGCACUCACACCACAACGCAGACGAGGAGUUUUGUGAUACGGAAGCGCACGAAACUAAUCGCCAUGCGGUUCAUCAGCAGCCUGAACAGCAGCAUCACCAAAUGGCCCAUCUUCAAGCUGUGGAUCAGUACAGCCAAGCCCUUCCAUCUACCUCGUACCAGGAUCAGGAUCUUUCCUACACGGACAGCUUUGCCGAAUCAUACAACACGCUGUUAAACCGGAGCUUUGAAAAUACGGACCACUCAUACACAUCGCUCUUUCAUCCGGUCACUGAGCAUGGUCUCGAGCAGGAUAACGUUGCAGACGCGUACCGUAACAAAGCCACCAUGGUGGAGGGAGUGUCGCACGAAGAGGACGAUGAAACGAUGUACGAUUAUUCAUCCAUUUCGUCCGACAGUGAAACAAUCGUGACGGAUCAAUCUCAAGAUUCAACUUACUCGCUGACGAACUUGCAAACAAAAUCGGAACGUUUGCGGGCGGAGAUGUUGGAGUCUUGCAGUUCACCCGACACAUAUUACCAUCAGCAACGCCAGCCGGACGAAAGCACAGCAUACAGCACGGGGAAUUUGGCCAUUAUCGAGCACUUUCACAAUUAUCACCAUCCUGCACCGCAAGGGUACGAUGAGCAUAACAGGAGCAUACCGAGUACCAGGGAACCUUCUCAAGAAACGGGAGACAUUCCGACUCGGAUCGAAUCGAUUGGCGGUUCUGUGAGAAGUUUAACGCAUCACAGCUAUCACCAGUACCAGAUGGAGCUGGACGAGCAAUAUCACAAUCAGCAGCAGCAUCACACGGAUUCUCACUAUCAUGAUUACCAGAUGGAACGGUACGAUUACCGGCAUCCGGCCAACAAUAAUGGCACCGUCGUAGUGCCUUGUGAGGCAACCUGCAGCAAAUACACUUCAAAGUGUGAGCCCGUUUCGACCGGAGACUCGUGCGAUAACGAUGAUGACGAGGAGGAGGAGGACGAAAAAGAAACGCCGGAAGCCAGUUCCAACACGGUUGCUGCUGGUGUCCAACCACUUCAGCAGAUCAUUUCCAUUCACGGUCAUCGGAUUCAGAUCAAUGAAGUAUCUUCCUCGUACGUUGGUUCCAGUGCAGCGAAAGUGCUGCUGUCACACUCGGACAGUGAGAGUACCAGCACGGACCGCCAUGGGUACAGUGGCGAUGAAGAAAACAGUGCCUCCUCAACGACCUCGUCGUCGUCGGGCGUAAAGCAAAGGGUUGUGCCGGUGCUGGUAAAGCAACGAUCGCGCAAAUCGGGACCAUCUACACGCGUCAUAACGAUCUUCUACGAAACGCGCAGCAGUCGACGUCAGUCCCGGGCGCGUAAUCAAUCUUCCUCCUCCAGCUUUACCGAUUGUGGCCGCAAACGCGUGGACCUUAAACCCUCACCAUUCGGGGGAAUUGUAAAGCGAAGGAAAACGUCCACAGUAAUACGCGCAACACCACAGCACACCAUUGCGCACGAGAAAACCACCACGGUGGCGGACGAUCGCACGGAUCACACGUUUGUGCGAAGAGCGUUACGUUCGAAUGGAGUGGUGAAUGCGGCCGGACAAUUAUUGAGCUGUACUCCUCAACCAAGGAAUAAAGUGAAUGCCGCCGACCACCGUACGUUGCCAAUGGAAAACUGCCACCAGCUGCGACGAUCAGGAUUAGUGUCGAAUGAGUUUGGUGUUAGCACUACCACUCCCAACCGGUGUUUAGCGUUACCGACCGGGCACAAAACGAUCGAGAAGGAACGUUUGAAUAGAACCGGUUGCAACACUAGGCGCAUGAGGCUUGACGAUCAGCAACAGCAGCAGCAUAGCCUAGGUGGUAAGAAAACGAUCACCCGUGAAGCAUUAGACCUUUUGGAAGGAACGAAGCAUGCGAGACAACUAAGAAGGGCCCAAUGA